CCAUCAGCCCGUCACGACAAGGUAACACAAACCGGCGUCUGCAAACUCGUUAAACCGUCAAAGCGUCCGCGGCUUUUUACCGACACCCUGUCCGCCUGCUCACACAGUUUCAUCCGCGGAUGUUGUGAGCAGAGUUGGUUCACAAAGGCAGAAUGUGCCAGAAUCCUUGAAGACACUCUACAGCCUGAGGACGAUACCUGAUCUCCUUUGAUUGUCGUACGUCCACCUGGUGCCAUGGCCGGUCUUGUAGUAGCUGAAGUAACGCUGCUGAGGUUUACAUUUCUCUUCCUCUACUUGAGUGUCUGCUUGUGCCAGCGUGACUGCACCGGUGUGGACUGUCCCCAGCUGGACAACUGCAUUGAAGAGGUGCUGGAGAGUGGCACCUGUUGCGCUUCAUGCCUGCAAAAAGGAUGCACAUGCGAGGGAUACCAAUACUAUGAUUGCAUCAACGCUGGAUUCAAGAAUGGCAAGGUGCCUGAGGGGGACUCCUACUUUGUUGACUAUGGCAGUACAGAGUGCUCCUGCCCCGCAGGAGGGGGCCGGAUCAGCUGCCACUUCAUCAGCUGUCCGGAUAUGCCACCAAACUGCAUCGAGGCUUCUGAGCCUGCAGAUGGCUGCAUGCAGUGUGAACGCGUAGGAUGUGUUUAUGAUGGGCAAAAGUAUGAGGCCGGACACUCCUUCCACAUUGACAACUGCCGGGUCUGCCACUGCCCCAAUGAUGGGGGGAAGCUAAUGUGUUACCCUGUGCCAGACUGUGAUCUGCAGAAGGUCCAGAAACCAAUGUUAGCUGCAUCAACAGAGGAGGACGGCAGGGGCAACAGUCACCCCUACAGGUUUGACCAAGAGGGCCGCGUGGAUCAGUUAUCCACACCCUAUCGCCUUCUUCCUAAUGGAAACCUUCCUCUCUUCAAGUUGUCACCCUUGGAUAAGGCGGAACCAGAAGAUUAUGAUUACCCUACAGACUCUCCAGAGAACCACCCUCAACCUGUGGUCUUCCCCACCCAGUCCUCCUCCAGCAAGGUCAUCUCUGUGUCCCGAGGCUCUGACAGAACCUCUGCCCUGCAGAGCUUUGGCAGACGAAGCAAGCUGGAGCUGAGAGAGCGAUACGGAGUUCAUGGCCAUCCUGCAGACAGAGAGGACGACACAGAAAGUCCUCUGAGAGUAGAGCAGAGUACUGUCAGGCCACACAUGACCAAGAACGCCACUACUUCUUGGCAGCCCUCACGGGAUCUAACAAGUGCACGAAGUGUCACAUUCAGUGAUCUUAGUACACAGACAGAUCUUGAGAAUCCAUUGCAUGUUCUCAAAAGUUCAGAUAGUGUCAUGUUUCCACAAAACCAAGCAUUAGGGAGUGAAAAACACCCCGAGUAUCCACCUAAGGUUUCAGAGAGUGCAGUUCAUCAUCAGAGAGGCUCUGAGUCUAAGACACAUCACCAAAAUGCAUCAGGUAGUGUGACACCAAGAGGUUCGGUGAGUCAGAUCGACGUGAGUCAUCCAGUGGCAGGUGCAGACAGUCAAGACAGUCAGCAGAGGCAUUCAGAUAGAGUGAACUUUCCACUGUACAUGCUGAGAAGCACAGAGAGUCCAGUCCACCCCCAGGCAAGUUCACAUGUUCAGAAAGAAUCACAGGGGACAGUGGCACCAGACAGUGAGGAAGGGGUGGAUGAGGAAGAGAAAGAGGAGGAGGAAGAAAUAGUAGCAUUUCGUAGUGUCACUGGGCCUGAAGGUGUCGAUGUACCCUACGAGAUAGAGUCAGCACAACAAGAGAGAAGCCAUGAGGAGUCAGAGAGCAGGGAUCCAACCAGCAGCUACAAAAAGACCACACCCGAGCUCAGCACCAGCUUCCACAGGUGGCCUGAAUACCUGACGACCCCCGGGGUCCAUUUCAUUGCCACCACCACCCAGCCGCCAGCAAGGUUCACGCCGGAUAAGAGCGAGGCCGGCAGAAAGCUGGGUCAGGAGCUGUUUAACCUUCACAGCGAAGACCACGAAGAGGUGAAGGAAGAGGUGACAGAGGAAGAGGUGGGGAGGAGAGAUCAUCCUGUCUUUCUCGCCAAGCCUGAUGGAGGUCCAAGUGGCUCUGCUGAAGACCUUCUGCAGAGCUGCUGUGCUGCUGGCCAGAAAUGGGCCACAGAAAACCACCACUGCACUCACAUGCCAGUGCUGAAUCCUGACGAGCACUCCAUAUGCAGUGUUGCAGAGAAGCAGUGCUGCCUCAGCUCUCUAAAGGAGAGCCGGUGUGAGUCAGGCAUGGCUUCAGCCAGAGGAGGGGACACCUGUGAAGUGGAUGACGAGCAGUGCACAGAUGACUCCUACCAGGUGUGCUGCAGCUGCUGUGCCCUCGGCUUACGGGUGCGCAGCGAAGGACGGGGUUGCAAUGCCCACCAGUACCUGGGCUACCCGUGCGGUCACGUCUUCCUCACCUGCUGCGAGGAGGAGGGAGGUCUGAGCCAGAUCCUUGUGAAAAGAAAGCAGAUGCCCAGAUCAACUUCUAUGCCUACAAAAGUCUCAGACAGCAAGUUCCCCAAGGAGGCCUUCUCCAUCAGUGCCACAGAUGAAGCUGCCAACGCAGUGGAGGAGCAGGAGGAUGUGGAUGAGUGUCAGCUCUACCUGGGCCAGCUGUGCCAGCACACGUGCACCAACAUCUGGGGCUCUUACCGCUGUGGCUGCCACCAGGGCUACAUACUGCAGCAGGACAGACACUCCUGUGCACCAGUGAGUCCUGACGAAGACAACAGAGUCAGAGAGGACAGCCCUGCAGCGGUCCCAACACAAACCACUACGACCACCACCACCACAACCAGUACAACCACCACCAGCUCCAGACGCCUCAAUCCUUGUGCAGAAAAUGGUCCUUGCAGUCAGCAGUGUACAGUGGCGGCAGGCCGGGCUCGCUGCUCCUGCUUCCCAGGGUUCUCGCUGAUGGCCGAUGGACACAUGUGUGAAGAUGUGGACGAGUGUGCGACCAACACUCACAGUUGUCGGCCCAGCGAGCACUGUACGAACACUGUGGGUUCAUUUGUAUGCGAGCUGCAGGUCACUUGUCCUGCAGGCUACCAGCUGAGGAACAGUAUUUGCGAGGACCUUGAUGAAUGUGUUCUGCGAACCCAUAACUGUGGGAUGGGCUUUGUGUGUGAGAACACAGUGGGCUCUUUCCUGUGUAAUCCCAAACACAAGUGCGUCAGCGGCUUCACACAGGACUCCCAUGGCAACUGCAUCGACAUAAAUGAGUGCAGCAGCCUGAGUGAGCCAUGCAGCUCAGGCUUUAACUGUAUCAACACUGUGGGCUCCUACACGUGCCAGAAGAAGGUCAAAAUGUGCAGCCACGGCUACCAAAGCAGCCCCGAUGGAGCCAAGUGUGUCGACACUGAUGAGUGUCAGAUGGGGACACACCGCUGUGGAGUGGGCCAGAUCUGUCACAACCUCCCUGGCAGCUACCGCUGUGACUGUCAGACGGGCUACCAGUACGACGCCCUCCACAAAGCCUGCACUGAUGUAAAUGAGUGCUGGCGCUAUCCUGGCAGGCUGUGUGCCCAGACCUGUGAAAACACCCCAGGCUCCUACCACUGCUCAUGCACAGCUGGCUUCUCCCUAGCAUUUGAUGGCAAGAACUGUGAAGAUGUAAAUGAAUGUGACAAAAGCCCCUGCAGCCAAGAGUGUGCCAACAUCUACGGCUCAUAUCAAUGCUACUGUCGCCAAGGCUACUUCCUGAAAGAGGACGGACACACCUGUGAAGAUAUUGACGAGUGCUCUCAGAGCAUCGGGAACCUUUGUGCCUUCCAGUGUGUUAAUGUUGCCGGCAGUUACCAGUGUUCCUGUCCUCCACAUGGAUACGUUAUGUCCGCCAAUGGACGCACCUGCAGGGAUGUUGACGAAUGCACAACUGGCACCCACAACUGUUCAUACGGACAUACGUGCUACAACCUCCAGGGAGGCUUCAGAUGUCUCUCCUUUGAUUGCCCUCACAACUACAAGAAAGUGUCAGACACACGCUGUGAGAGGAUCAGCUGUCCCAGCAACUCAUUAGACUGUCAGAACUCCCCCGUCCGCAUCACGUACUACCAGCUCAGCUUCCAGACCAACAUCAUCAUUCCCGCCCAGAUCUUCCGAAUCGGACCGUCCCCGGCCUAUUCCGGCGACCACAUCAUCAUCGGCAUCGUCAAAGGCAACGAGGAGGGCUACUUCAGCACCAGGAAGCUGAACAGUUUCACAGGCGCCGUCUACCUGCAGAGACAAGUCCGCGAGCCCAAAGACUUCCUGAUCGAUGUGGAGAUGAAGCUGCUGCGGCAGGGCUCGUUCACCUCGUUCCUCGCCAGGAUCUACGUCUUCAUCACAUCCAGCACCGUGUAACGCCAGAAAGAAACAGACACAUGGACUGGAAAUUUCAUAUGGUGCUAAACUUUUUAAAGUGCAGACUCUUUUUGUAAUGCCCCCCCCCCCACAAUCAAGCAUUAUUCAAGAAUCUAGUAAAAUGCAGCCGAAGGCCUUACUGUAUGCUUUUCUCUCUGUGGCAGGGUACCUGCUGGUUUCUGCAGGCUCUCUAUGACAGUUGUACUUCCUGAAAACAUUGCAUUUGUAUUUACCAAAGUAUUUUUCAGUUUGACUCUUUAUUAAUUGUAAUUGAUAGUAAUUUAGCUUUAGCUUUAGCUAGUCUACUCAAGCUGUUGCUUUGUACAGACGGUGGCAAGGUGCUGCACAGGUCACUGCACAAGUCCGGCUGGUGGUUGGUGCUGUGCUCCGCUCUCUCUAAGAACUGCUCUUUGACCUCCCUAUGUAAAUGUUCAUUUUUAUGACAAUUAUUCAUGAAAGCCUGAAGAGCCUAAUAAACCUUAACAGCACUAGAAUUUAAGGGCACUUGUCACUUGUGGAGGGCCAAAACUGACUAAAUGUACAUGAAGUCAGACGAGUCAAAAACAUCACUGAACACAUCAAUUUGUCCAACUUAAAUAUGUCAAUAAAGACAAUAUGUCUUUAUAUUUUCCUUCCCAAUCAGUUGGUUAAAAAAAGCAAAAUGCUUUUUAUUUUUUUUUUUUUCCUUUACCACUUUUUAGUCUUGUCAGAAUUGUAGUCAUCCACCUGUUUUGUGUAGGUCUAGGAUUGGGUCAGCAUGGGAGUCUGUGUGCCAAAAGUAAAGUAAAUUAUUAUAAAUUAAGUUUUAAUGCGUUAUGGAUUAAAUAACUUAGGUUUUACAUUUUAAAAUCUUUAUAUUUCUACUUAGACUUACUUUAAAACAAACAUCAAACAUUAUAAUUAUUGAUGCAUUACAUUUAGUGUUUGAUGUACAUUUGUCAGUUUUGAGCCCCCUGCAGUCACCACGCAGCUUUGUUAACGUGCUCAGAAAAGUGGCAGAAACUUCAAACAGUACAUUUUGUUCUGCAUUUGGUGUAUAUUAUUUUUUUCAAGAUGUGAUCUGAUGAAAGAUGUGAUCUGAUGAAAUGUAAGUUGUUAAAAUUCAGUGCAAAUCUCACUAGAAAAGAAGUCGUGUAAGGUAAAUUACAGCACUGAGAAUAUGAAUGAAGCGUUGCCGUUGAUCAUUUUAAGUGUCGUAUUCUUUCCUGUAUUACUGGACAUAUCUUUCUAUGUUACUGUGUUGUAAUUAUCUCAGGGUGAAAUUCAUGUAAUUGUGUAUACGCUCGACAAAUGCCUGUGCAGUUUGCAGGAAUGAAUCAGUCUGCUGUUGUAACUCCAGACUGGCCUCACACAGCCGGUACAGCUUCAGCUGCCACAUGACAUCUAUAAACCAAUCAAUAAAUGAUGAUCAAACUGUUGUCAGUUGCUCAAUAAA